AUGUUACUCCUCUUCACUGCCCAUCCUCACUUGCUGCCAAUACGCAACCACAACUUUCACGCGCUGAGGGUCAUCCACACGACUCACAACUACCUCUCUCAACUUGCACGCGUAUCAGAUACCAUUGCAUCUUCUUCCCAAGACUUCUCUACAUCAAGUCGCUUUCGCAGCGUAUCUCUCUAUCAACAACAUAUAUCCUGCGCGCAAGCCAUCCUCUUCGACUCUUCUUCGCAGACAGCUUCCUCAAGACACUCAUCCAUCAAAAACACGUCCAAGAUGUCAACCACCACCGUCUCCAAGGUCAUUGCCAUGGUCAACGACCCCACCCUCACUUCCCUUUCCGAACGCAUCGCAGCCACUCAAACCCUCCUGGACUUGCAUGAAACAAUCCGCAAGAACCACCAGACCGCCUUCAAGCGCCAUGUCAAGAACGCUUCUGCCAGCCUCGACAAGGGCGGCUCUCCAGACACUCUGACCCACAUGGAGAAGGGCAUCGAGAUCCAGAAGAUGAUCUGCGACGAGACUGAUGAGAUGGCCAGGUAUGCCAGAGAACUUGUUGAGCUGCUUGAGGAAAGACAGAAGGUCAUUCGUGGUAUGAUGGAUGUGGGUGAGGACGUUGCAAUGGCUCCUUAA